AUGGAGACGAGGUCAAGAAGGCAGAGGGCUUCGCCCUCGACCUACAACGAGGCAGUUUUGUUAGGAGAGAGCCCGCCCAACAAAUCGACAUCUAAGCCCAAGACGAAGAAGGGCUCCAGCACAAAGAAGGGAGGUGCCAAGGCUGCCACCCUGCAGGACCGCAAGCGGAGGAAGGUGGUGCCCACCGAGUGGGCUCCGGAGAACGUCUUCGACAUCAUCCAACACACGAGCUAUCCGACGCCGACCACUCUUGGUGGCGAAGAUGGGCAAAUCCGUCAAGGCGACGAUGUCGUGUGCCCUCCGGCGCUCGAGCCAGUCACAGCCCACGAGCUCAAGCGAAUGCGACUCGAAGCGGAGAGAAGCGGCCACCACAGCCAACGUGAAUCGCCUCAAACGCCGAUGGCGAUGGCGGCUGUGGACACCCCGACGGACGCCUCUCUGCAGAAGAUGUCGAUCGCGACGCUGCUCGCCUCUGGCCCGGCCUCGUCAGCGCCGCCACCUCUCGCCGAGGUCAGCUCGCUCUCCAUCAACGACAUCAUCAACGCGCCAGGCAACGAUGACAACAUCCUCGCAGCGGAAGACUUCUUUUCGAUCGCCCUGUCCUCCGAUACGGCUACCGAUGCCGUGCUCGGGUCAAUCGAAUCUCAACCCGAAGACGAAGAGGUGCGGCAGGAGUGGGACAAGCUGGCCGACUUGCUGCAGGAGGAGCAGGACAAGAUCCAGCAGGAGGCCAAGCUGAACCAGCAGAUCCCAGUUGGCGAAGAGAAGGUAAAGCACGAAGCGGCUACAGCAGCGCCGCCGUCGCAACCGAAGAGCAGAGAAGAACCUCUUGAGGAGACGAAGCAAGAGGUCGUUGGACUCUCCAUGACGGAGGCGGCUGGUCAAGAUAGAUCGCCACAGGCGGAUGCUCACAACGAUGCGCUGCCGGCGGUGGUGGUCGAAGAGCAGCUGCCGUAUGGCUACCUCGAGCUUGACGACGAAAAGGAGGAGGAAGAAGAGGACAGCGAAGACGAGUACGUGGAGGCUGGAGCGCCGGCGCCAUCGGCCAAGGGCGGAAAGGGCGGCCGAGGCAAGGCUUCGACGACCAAGGGCCGUGCGAAGGGGAAGGCCAAGGGGAAGACGGCUGCGGCCAAGGGCCAGCGCAAAGGUCGAAGCAGCGGAGGAGCGGCGGGGAAGACGACGGGAACGAGAAAGAGUGGCAGGCGGAGCCAACAGGACGAGCUCGCGAUGCCCAUGGACGACCCGACAGCCUACACCUCGACGACGACAUCCCCUUCGACACUCCCGACCUCGCCGCUUCUAUCUCCUGCGGCACCCACCGCCGGCGGCGGCGGUCCGUCCGUCGCCGCGCUGGCCCAACUGAGGAAGCUGGAGGAACUACACCGACGGGAAUGUACAAACGGACGAGAGACCGGGUGCGAGUUCUGCUCAAUUUUGGACUGUAAAUGGGGGAACGAGGACCACUACCGCAGGGAGAAGGAGGGCGGAUGCCCUUGUCGAGAGACCCAGACGGCGCUGCCCGCGGCAUCGCCCAGCGAGGAGAAAGCGGUGACGAGAGGUCGGACGCGGAGUGGCAGGAAGAGUGCGGAAAGUGGGUACGCCUCGGCUGCCGACACCAGCCUCGAGGACGAGAUCAUGGCGCUGGACGCCGAACUGCUCGGCGGCACAAAGGGCGAGGACUCGAAGGGCGAGAAGCGAAAGCGAUUUGAGGUCGAGGACUUCAAUCGCCCGGACGAGCUGCCUCUGGCCACGCUCAAGCUCGACUCAACGAAGGCGGUGAUCGACAAGACCCUCAUCAAGGAGGGCAAGAGCGUGACAUCGGGCUACUACAAGGAAGCGUACAGUUGGGCCGAUCGUACGUUCAUCAACUGCGACCUGCGGUACUACAACUUGGCUUCGCUGGGCAAGUUCGAUGCCAUCCUCAUCGAUCCGCCGUGGCGCAUCAAGGGCAACCAGCUCAUCAGCAAUGAGAAGACCAUGUUCAACAACAGCAAAUGGGGACUCAGCUACGGUACCAUGUCCAACGACGAGAUCAUCGAUAUCGACGUGGGGUGUCUGUCGGACAAGGGCUUCAUCUUCCUGUGGGUCAUCAACUCCCAGAUCGAGUUCGGCUUCAAGUGCCUCCAGAAGUGGGGCUACACCUAUGUUGAUAGGAUCACAUGGGUCAAGAAGACCGCCAGCGGCAACAUCGCCAUCUCGCAGGGCUACUACUUCCUCCACUCGUCAGAGAUUUGCCUGGUGGGUGUCAAGUACGACGCCAAGGGCAAGAGUCUGGAGUUCAUUUCCAAGACGUCGAACGAUUUGCUGUUUGCCGAGAUCAGGGAGAAGUCGCGCAAGCCCGACCAGCUGUACCACAUCAUCGAGAGGAUGGUGCCCGGCGGGCGCAAGGUGGAGAUCUUUGCCCGGAACCACAACAUGCGCCCCGGGUGGCUGUCCCUCGGCAACCAGUUGGGCGAGUAUUACGAUUGGGACCACGACUUGAUUCGAUGCGACAUGUGCAACGGCUCCAUCCCCACCGGCAAGACGCGGUACAAGUCGCGCACCGUGGCGGACUCGGACCUGUGCGCGGCGUGCUACCAAAAGUCGGGCGGAAGCCCCGAGCAGUACUUCGAGAUCGAGAACGUCAUGGCCGAGAUGGCCUUCCACCAGUACUUUGCCUGCGACGGCUGUGAGACCAAGCCCUUGUGGGGUCUCCGUUUCCACUGCACCCAAUGCGACGACUGCGAUCUGUGCGAACUGUGUUACGAUAAGAAGACCCUUCCUGCACAUCUCAAGGACACCCACAGCGUGGACCACAAGUUCGACGUGAUUGAGAUGCCGGAUCUCGCUGGAGGCCUCCCCGUGCACCACGAGUACCGCUGCUUGGGCUGCAUGACCAAGCCCAUCAUCGGCUAUCGCUUCGUGUGCCUGGCGUGCAACGGACUCUCCUUGUGCCAAAAGUGCUUCUUCCUGCGCAAGGAGCCGCGCAACCACAAGGCGAACCACAACAUGGACAUCAUCGUCGAUAGCAGCAACUACGACCAGUUCAAAUGUGCGGUCUGUGCGCUGUUCCCGAUCAAGCCGGUGGUGUACAAGUGCACGUCGUGCCUUAACUACGACCUGUGCGAGAGCUGUCACCACGACUGCGCGCCGCCACCGGCCACCAACACUUCCCACAAGCCCUCGCACAAGUUCAAGAUGAUCACCGUCUCCACCGGCAACUAA